CAAGCUGAACGGGAGUGAAGGGGGUGGGGGUGAGGAUAAACAUUAAAAAUGUUAAAAGACUUGGUGAGGGAGCGACUCGUUGCGGCCGCCGACGAAAUCUACGUGCUUUUUCAAACAACGAUAGCCUCGUACGAGGAGCAACUUUGUCGAGCGAGAGAAGAGAACGAGCGACAACGACGCCAGCUGGAAGCUGCCCAGACGGUGCAAUUUCACAUCCAAGAUGACUCGCAGGUGAUUGGUUGUCAAGUACAACAACUUCCUCAGUGGGGCAACUCCAGUGUAAUGCAUCUGCAGCACUCUUACGUCAAAGAGGAAGAGGCGCGACCGCAGCCCCCACACGUUAAGGAGGAAGAAGAAGAGGCCGAUGUCAGCCAGUUACCGCCGGCUUUCGUUUCUGUGAAAAGCAACAAAGACGAGCCAACCUGGUCGAGUCAGAGUCGCGUCGACGAGACAGACGAUCACGUGGGAGAACCGUCGACGACCCACUCAGACUGUGAAGGUGACAACACACAUACCAGCGUCCAUCCCUUUUCUUGCUCCGUUUGCGGCCAAAUCUUCUCGUCGCAGACUAGUUUGGAUGUCCACGCAACGACCCACAUAGGGGCAAAACCCUUUUGCUGCUCCGUAUGCGGUAAAAGCUUCUCCAAAAAGUCCAACAUGGUGUCGCACGUGAGGAUCCACACGGGGGAGAAACCCUUCGGUUGCUCGGUAUGCGGCAAAGGUUUUGCCCAGAAAAUAUCCUUGGUGGCGCACGAGAGGACGCACACAGGGGAGAAGCCCUUCACCUGCUCCGUUUGCGGGAAGUCCUUCUUCCACAAGCCCAACAUGGUGGCGCACAGGAAGACGCACACGAUGGAAAAACCCUACGGCUGCUCGGUGUGCGGCGCCACCUUCUUCCGCAAGGAGAGCAUGGCUUCGCACGCCCGGACGCACACGGGCGAGAAGCCGUUCACCUGCUCCGUGUGCGGGAAGACCUUUUCGCACAAGCCCAACAUGGUGGCACACAGGAAGACGCACACAGGGGAGAAACCCUUCGCUUGUGGCAUUUGCACCAAGACGUUCACGCACAAGGCCAAUAUGGUGCUGCACAUGAGGACGCACAGCGGUGAGAAGCCCUUCGCUUGCUCGGUGUGCGCGAAAAGGUUCACACAAAAGGCUCACAUGGAGUCGCACCUGAGGACGCACGCAGGGCAAAAGACGUUCUCGUGUUCGCUGUGUGGCGAAAGGUUCGUUCAUCCCAGCAGUUUGAAUGCACACGUGCGGGCGCACAGCGGGAAAUAAAGCUCCUCUUGAUCCCUUUGUGCCAUCAACUGUAAAUGACAACAAAGUACUGUUUUUUUUGGGUUUUUUUAGACAAUAACGAGUGAAAAUGGUUAUAGUGAAACAUGCUGGAAGGCAUUUUCUUGAGCAAAGAUACAUAUAAUCAACUUGUUAGUGAAAUAUGGGCCAUUAAGACCCAAACUUCCUUUGAUGCUGAAUAGCAUCCAUGUUGUAAUGCUAUAUCCCUUUAAGCAAUGGAUGGAACAUAAAUGGUGCAGCAACACAGCAAUGGGUUGAACACAAAUGGUGCAGCAACACACAUAGACAGACAAUAUAGCAGUACUCAGUCACAUUUUCUUUAUCCCCUGACAAGGACAGCUAAUAUUAGUGUCAUACUGAAGAGCCGGGAGGUGUUGAGACAUCAUAACGAACAGUAUAUCCGUCUGUCUGCCAAGAUGGCCACACCAGAAAGCGUAGUAACAAUGGCCAUUCGAUUGAUGCAGUGUGACAAAAAAAAAUAUAUAUAUUUUUAAUGAUAUUGAAUAAUGUCAUUACUGUAUGUUGUAUAAAGUACAAUAUGCAGUGCUGCUUUUCCUAAUUAAAAUACACAUUACAACAGUUUGUUGGGGGGCGGGGGCUGGAACGGAUUAAUGGCAUUUCCAUUCAGUUGGAAAACCUGAUUUGAGAUGCGAUUGUUUUCAGUUACGAGUGUAGUCACGGAAUGAAUUAAACUCAUCUCAAGACGCCACUCUCAUGGCUUAAAGUUUAAGCGGAUAUAUUUUUGCGGCUCAUCGACUUCAUCAAAAAUGUGAUAUUUUCCCCCUCGAAAAUGGAGACUUUUUUCCCUUAAAAAACACAUUUUUUUGAAAAUACUUUCCCCCACAAAUGAAACUUUAUUUCCCCCCAUGAAAAUGUACUUUUUUAAAAAUCUAUUUUUUUCCCCAUAAGAUUUCAACUUUAAUUUCAUAGUUUUUUAAAAUUAUUAUUUUUUAGUGUGCCCUAAUAUUAUUUUGCAUGUUUGUGACAACGCCAUAAAAAUGAGGUCAUUCACUGCGUUUGAUUGUGAAAUGACUUCCAAAUGCUCUUGUUGAAUGAAUAUCUGUAGAUAGGGUGAAAUGUUCUCAUAUGAGUCACUGAUGGUGUAGUGGUGCACUCGCCUGACUUUGGUGCGGGCAGCGUGGGAUCAGUUCCAACUCAGUGACGGUGUGAAUGUGAGUGCGAAUGGUUGUCCGUGUCUAUAUGUGCCCUGCGACUGACUGGCGACCAGUUCAGGGUGUAGUCCGCCUUUCGCCCGAAGUCAGCUGGGUUAGGCUCCAGCGACCCUAACCAGGAUAAGCGGUGUUGACAAUGGAUGGAUGGAUGGAUGGAUGUUCUCAUAUGCAUUUUGCCACUUGAAGAAAAUAAAAUGUCCCCCAAAGAAAGCACUGCUUUAUCAAUGUCAUUCCAUUUUAUACAGAAACAGCUGUUUCCAUUUGUUAUUUCUAAUAAUGCCACAAUUGUAGUAUGAAUCUGUCAUUUUCAGUUUGUCAGUGUUCUAAAUUACAAAGUAUUUAUGACACUAACAACACGUCAAUACUGUAUAUUUAUAUUCGCAAAUAAUUGAGUGGCAAUAAUAUGUUUGGGUUAAAAACAGACAUUUUAUUGUUAGUGUACACAUUUAAUUUAAAAUGAAUUUAUAUAAGCGAUGUAGAUAAGAUGUAUGAAAGGAACAAAGGGAGGGAGAAGGGAAUAAAAAUGGUUUGACAGGAAAGAAACAAGGAUGGUAUGAAAAGGCAGAAACAACGCUUUAUGGAAGGAAUGAAAGGGCCUUCAUGUGAAAAGUCGUAAAAUUACAGAAGUCAUAAUUAGUGCAUAUUUUUAUUUGAGAACUGCAAUUGUAGUAUUACCCAAGACUAAAUGGUAAUAUUACAAGAACAAAUUUGGCGGGGAGUAAAGUAAUAAAAUCGUGAUAAUAAAGUCACAAAACGGCAAGGUAAUCGGGAUUUUAUGAAGAAAAAACCCAUUACGAGGAAACAAAUGAGAAAAGUAAAAUGACAUGUAUCGUAAUAUGAAGUAAAGUUACAAGAAUAACGUCAAAACACUGCAGGGUGCCAGUUGUAGUUUUACGAGAAAAAAAAUAAAGGUAAUUGGGUUAUUUUUUUCUGGGAAAAGUCCUAAAAUUACGAGAAUAGGAAUAUCGAUUUCAAAUCGAUUUGUAAUUUUACAAAGUUAAGAAUUACAAUAUUUUCCUGUAAUUUUACAAAAAUAAAGCCUGUGUGUGUGUGUGUGUGUGUGUGUGUGUGUGUGUGUGUGUGUGUGUGUGUGUGUGUGUGUUCAAUGACACGAGGCUACGACUUUGGCCUUAAUGUGGCCCCCCUAGGCCCAGUCGAAGUUGAUACUGAUAGCUGACAGCUGCUUCACAGUCAGUACCAGCAAAAUAAAAUGACAGCUGACUCACUUUCAGUACCUACAAACUAAAACGCGCUCUGUCAAGCCUUUCAUCACCCUGUUGACCUCCAUGUGUAUUUUUAGGGCCACACAUGAGCCCCUUAUAGACCCAUGUGAGAUAUUUGGUACAGUAUGGGAUUAUUUU